AUGAACUCAGGGAGACUGGAAAUCAACAAGAAUUUGCUAUCAAUACCAGUAGACAAAUAUAAAAUUGAACGCAUUCCUGCCAGUGCGCUCGGACAGGCCGGCAAGGACGGGCACAGGCACGGGCAGGGGCACGUAGGGCCUGUGGACGGAAACCAACGGCGAGGGCCAACAAAGACAGCAAGAGCAGGGGCAAGGCAGUCAGGACACAGGGAGAUCCGCCCGCGCAGCCUGGAGACACCUCGGGAUUGAGCCGCGAGCAGCAUGUCCGGAGCAGAGGAGGUCUGCGCGGUGCCUGAGCAGGAGCGGGAGCCUGAAGCGACGUGCUCUGGGGGCCCCUCCACAGGCAGGGGAGCAAAGGCCAAGAAGAGCCGCUCCUCCCGCUCCUCCCGGGCUGGGCUGCUCUUCCCUGUGAGCCGCAUAGACAGGCAGCUGCGCAGAGGCCACUUCGCCAAGCGCCUUGGAGCCAGGGCCCCCGUCUUUCUGGCUGCUGUGCUGCAGUGGGUGACGCACAAGACCAUGGACAUGGCUGGGAAGAUUUCCAAGAAGAGCAACCAACAGCGCAUUUCCCCGGGCCACUUGCAGAUGGCUGUGCGGAACAGCUCUGCGCUCAAGCAGCUCCUGCUAGGCAAGCCCAGGCACCACAGCAGGGCUGUCCCCCACAGCCAGCGCGUGGCCUCACCCUCCAAAAAGAAGAAGGCCAAGGAUAGGAGGAGAAGGCGCAGGCAACGGGCUGCACCUGCCCAUGCCACCGCUGCUGUCGCUGCCAAGUGA